AUGGCGAAGAACCGAACUUCCAAAGCUACCAUUCUCUUCAUCUUCAUCUCUUUCAUAGCUUUCUGCGCCUUUGUAAUCGUUCCCGUUUUCGCUCCACUUCCUUCUAUUCAAUCUCGCCAUCACCACCAUCAUUCUCAUCCCAAAAAUGUUCAUAGGAAGUUUGAGAUUGCAGAUGAUAUGUUUUGGAAAGCCGGUGAACCUUUUCGGAUCAUUGGUGGUGACUUGCAUUAUUUUCGAGUGCAUCCGGAGUAUUGGGAAGAUAGACUGUUAAAAGCCAAGGCAUUGGGCUUGAACACAAUUCAGACGUAUGUUCCUUGGAAUUUGCAUGAACCAACACCAGGAAAGCUUGUUUUUGAGGGUUUUGCAAAUAUUGAAUCAUUCCUAAACCUUUGUCACAAACUCGAUCUUCUGGUGAUGCUUCGACCUGGACCAUACAUAUGUGCAGAGUGGGACUGGGGUGGUUUCCCAAGUUGGUUAUCUUCCAUGAACCCAUCCCCCAAACUAAGAUCAUCUGAUCCUGCUUUUCUUAACCUGGUUGAAAGAUGGUGGGGCAAGCUGCUUCCAAAAUUUGUUCCUCUCCUAUAUGACAAUGGUGGCCCUAUAAUAAUGGUUCAGGUCGAAAAUGAAUAUGGUUCGUAUGGAGAUGACAAAGCAUAUCUUCAAUCCCUGAUCACACUAGCUAGAAGUCAUCUUGGGCAUAAUGCUAUUUUAUACACUACAGAUGGAGGGUCCAGAGAAAAUCUUGAAAAAGGAACUAUUCGUGGAGAUACCGUCUUUUCAGCUGUUGACUUCACUACCGGUGAUGAUCCUUGGCCCAUAUUCAAGUUACAGAAGGAGUUCAAUGCCCCAGGAAAAUCACCACCUUUGUCGGCCGAAUUUUACACUGGGUGGCUUACACAUUGGGGAGAGAAAAAUGCUAAGACUGAUGCUGAUUCCACAGCAGCCGCCCUUGAAGAAAUUUUGAAAAAAAAUGGUUCUGCAGUCCUAUAUAUGGCACAUGGUGGUUCAAACUUCGGAUUUUAUAAUGGAGCAAAUACUGGUGCAGACGAGGCUGACUACAAGCCUGAUCUCACUUCAUACGAUUAUGAUGCCCCGAUCACGGAAGCUGGUGAUGUUGACAAUUCAAAAUUCAAUGCAAUUCGGAGGGUUAUAGCCCGAUAUAGCUCUGUACCUCUUCCGUCUAUUCCUUCUGAUAAUGAAAAGGCAACAUAUGGACCAAUCCACUUACAAAGACAAUAUUCUUUAUUUGAUUUCACCAAUUCUUCCAAUGCUUUUGAAUCAAAAAAUCCGAUGUCAAUGGAGAAUGUGGGCCAGUUUUUUGGUUUUUUAUUGUAUGUCACUGAAUACGAAGCACGGAGAGGGAGAAGAAUUUUGUCCAUACCAAAGGUGCAUGACAGAGCCCAAGUAUUUAUCUCAUGUUCUUCUGAAGGAAGGGGUGCAAGACCAACUUAUGUUGGUACUGUGGAAAGAUGGUUGAAUAAAAAACUCAGCCUCCCUGAAUUUCAAUGCCAUUCUAACAUCAACUUAUAUAUUUUGGUUGAAAAUAUGGGUCGUGUAAAUUACGGGCCUUUCAUUUUCGAUAAGAAGGGCAUUCUGUCAUCAGUUUAUCUGGAUAGGAAUAGAGUACAAGGAUGGAGAAUGUUCCCUAUUCCUUUGCACAAUCUAAACGAAGUUCCAAAUUAUAAUCCCAUCACGCAGGCUACAUAUUCUGCAUUCAGUGAAAUAUCAACCUCCAGGAAAAUGUUGAUGAACAAGUCUGAAAAUACAUCAAAAGAACCUGCUUUUUAUUCAGGACACUUCUUCAUCGAGAGAUCAAGUCGGAUCAAGGAUACAUUUUUGUCAUUCAACAAUUGGGGAAAAGGCAUCGUGUUUGUUAAUGACUUCAAUCUUGGAAGAUAUUGGCCGUUGAAAGGACCACAGUGCAGUCUCUAUGUUCCUGCUCCAGUCCUUAAACAUGGAGAUAAUAUUUUGGUAUUACUCGAAUUGGAAUCUCCGGACCCCAAGCUUUUGGUGCACACGGUUGAUGAGCCAGACUUCACAUGUGGCAUUAAUGGGAUGAACAUCCAUCGGAUGUAA